AUGGUUGAAUAUCAACUGUAGCGUGCGUAUUCGAAUGUGUAUUGUUAAAUUAAAGUAGUGUUCAACAAACUUCGUCAGGAUGGCUACCAUGCUAAAAUUGGCAGCCAUCAAUUCGAUUAAUCAACCAAAAUCUAGCAACUUUUAUGAUCCAGGAAAGCCGAAUCCCGUUUAUAAAGCAUUAGAUCAAGAAACAAAUGAUUUUAUUGAGGCUAUUAAGAAGAGACACCAAUCCAAGGAUCCGGCUUGUAGACUGGCACAAGAUUUAUUCGCAUUAUGGAAUAAAUUCGAACCGCGCCUUCCUCCAAUGUAUUUUAAAAGAAAAUUACUAGAUAUGGGAGAACUUCUAAUGACAAUUAACGAAUAUAAACUAGCAUCUUGGCAAUGCUUUGAAAGAUAUCUAAGUGCCUUUGGUGAUUUUAAUGUUGUUGAGAUGACAGAUAGCAAAAUUUUCUCUGAAACUUUCUUUCCUGAAGGCUACGAAACUGAAGAAGCCGGUUUUACAAUGAGAGCCCUUAUGGGAAAGACUACUUGUACAUAUCAAAUGAUUCUAUUAAAUGAUGCUAAACUUCAGAAUAUAAGUAACAGAAAUCAAGGCCUAAAAUUACUCCAAUUCCUUCAAAUGCUUACGCAAGCUGUCUUACCUAACAAUAAACUAUGUUGGAUACUUUACAACGGUACUGUUCAUAUAUACGGAAUUGCCAGGCAUCUUAUGACAGUAGGUCUUUCGAUCAAAGUUAUUGACUAUCUGCUAUGGUCAUGCGUUUGUAUGGAGACAUCAAUACCUCUACUAGGCGUUAGAUACCUGAAGUGGAGAAGUACACUCUACGCCGCUGUCUGUCAGUGCUAUUAUGAUUGUAGAGCGGGGCAUCAUGCAGAAUCUUUCGCAAGGAAAGCUCUUAGUAAGAUUAGCGAACUAAGCCAAUUAGAAAGUAUGAGUAAUUCUAAUCAUACUGAAGAAAUUGAAAGAAAUUUUCGAUUUGCAACUGUUAAGAUGGCGGUAAUGGUUUAUAAAGAAAUGAUAUUUGCUACGAGAAAAAAGCCAAAGGGUUUACUAAGACCGAAAGCUAGAGCGAACCUAAAAGAUAUUCAAAAUAAUCCUUGGCCCAGAACUACUUGCGAAAAAUUAUUAAGUGAUAUGUUUGAAGGAAGCGCUGCCCAACUAUUAUGCAUAGUAGAAACUUUACACGAUAAUAAUAGACGAACAAUUUUACACUCUCCUCCAGCAGCUGAACAUGAGAAUGAAAUUUGGGAUAUUUACGCUGAGCUCUUUUUAGCCGCCACAGAAUUACUCAAGGGAAAGCCCACUAUUUGCAGACAGGCAAACCAGCCGAAUAUGAAUGGAAUUAUUCUUAAUAACUCUCUUAUGGAAAUGGCUGAAAGGGGGGAAGAUGGAGCAACAGUUGAAUGCGUAUAUAAAUUAACUGCUAGUGCGUACAAUUUGGAACAAUGGGAAGUUUUCGAUUAUUUAUUGCCCAAUUUGAGAGAAUUAUUAGAAGAAAUAAGUGACCAGAGAUACGCUUCCCUUGCCAAGCAAUUAGAUAUAAUAGAGGCUAUAGACAAGGUCAUGCCUAGACAACGUCCCAAAAAGUACACAACCGAAGUUGAUGAUAUUGACCCCAUGCAAGAUGUUAUACCAACUUCAGCAAUAGGCGGAAAAGCUGGUCCAAAAACAGACGACAUGAUAAAGUUAGCUGAAGUUUUAUUAUCUGUAGUAAACUCCGACUUUCAGCCAGCAUCGUUCGAUGUUGAUAUGGUUACUGACGCAUGCCUUAUACUUUGGAGUCAAUGUAAGAGAAUCUUCCAAAGAUUUCAAACUGGGUCUAGCGAUAAUUCGAAAUACUUAAAAAGGAUGCCAAAUCCUGGAAAAUGGACUUAUAUUUUGGAAAUUGUCCACAAAUUAUUUGCUUGGUGUGGUCUCAAUAAGGUCGACCCUGCACUCAGUGCCGAAGUUGUUUUACGUCUCGCUCUUGUCUUAGAAGCUAAUGCAUCACAGCAGAUUUCUGAUAACUCCAGAAUGGAAAGUACUAUUCUUUCGCCCACUCGCCAGGAGGAGGGUACCGUCGAUGAAGAAGGUUCUGUGGAAGGUUUAAGUAACACAUCGUACGACGGUGGCACCUCUCCUCCUUCCAUACUUAAGAACACUAUUCGAAACCAAUUAACUCAAGCGAAAGAUAUGCUUCAAUUGGGCAUUGAUAAUAUAUGUAGGGCCAGACGGAUGACAGCUACAACAGACGGAUCUCACAUUGCCGAUGUCUCAUGGGUCAUAGAAUACUUUAAUGAAGAAUCUAAAACAGAAUCAGCCGUUUGGAACAUGGUGAAAGAUUUACACGCAGAACUACUCUUUAUAUAUCAUAGAGUGUGUAUUAAGUUAUUGGAAUUUGAUAAAGGUAUAAGCGUAAUCGGCAAGAAACGAUUUACAUCGCAGAAUAUGUCGGCAAACCUUGAUAAAUUGAUAGAUGAAUGUCAACAGUAUUUACUAUCAAAAGCUUUGCUUCUGUUACAAGCAUCUGUUCACUAUAAAGCGGAAGGCUCUAAACGGAAGCUACUUACUCAGGCGAAAAAAUUAAUUGAGACAUGUGAAAAGGAAGAGAAGAAGUUAUACGCCGAUAACCAUUUAAAAGAUUAUUCCUCAAAAAAGAAAUCUAGAAUUCCUCCACCGCCCAUACUCUUAACUCGGACCGACCGUAUGAUGGUCUUUAAACCAUCUCCAUGGCAACCCGAAAGUGGUGAAAGUGUUGCCUAUUAUUCUAUAUUUGGUCGAGCUGCUGUUGGCCAUAACUUAAAAGCUAGACUCAGUGACUAUCAUUUAGCUGGUAGUGGAGAGGUUGUUCCCGCCAGUGUUGACUGCGAAUUACGAGUUGAUAACCUUCAAGCAAAUUGUAAAUACAUAUUCGCUGUGGGCGCUUAUACUGCAAACGGAAAGCUUAUAGGAAAUAGUAUAGGAGAAACAACAUGUUCAAUAGUCGCUUCUCAUCCUAUUCCAAUACUUAUGGCUUGGGCUUAUCUUUGCCAAGCCGCCUAUCAGGUUCAAGAGUACGAAUUAGCUAGAGAAGCUUCAAGUGUUUUGUGGAAGCAUUUUAUUGCUCCAGAACCUCCUCAUCUUCUUCCAAUUUACAUUGAAGACGACCGUAAUGACCUUCGCUUAAAUUUUUAUACUUUAAACAAAGAAGUACUUGAGCGUACGUCGCCAGUUCUUUUAAGACUCUUACAGAAUUCAUUGUUUAUUGACGUUGAAUCAUCGAUAGAAAGUUGGCAAUUAUAUUGUGACGAUGUAGGUUCUAAAGACAUGUUAACUAGUAAUCAAAUAAGACGGUUCAGAUGCUGUGAAAAAAUGCUGGUUAGCUUAGAAUUAGCAGGAUGGUUAAACGAUGCUUCCUACGCACUUCAAGCAACUGUUCAAAGCUACGGCCUACUUGCACCAAUUUUGCAACAUAAGAUUACGGCUAAAUAUGUUGUUGAGAUAUUGCAGAUAGCCCAUUCCGUUUUGGGUCAUACGGCACCGGCAAUUGGUCAUCGUAAAAAUACAGAUUCCUUCAAACAUAUGAUUGCUAUUGUCACGUUCCAUUUAGCAAAAGUGUUUAGAAAAGCUGGAGAGAGAUCGCUUGCUUCGUCAGUUAAUGAUCUCGGACGUAAGAUGUUGGCAGUUUUCCAAAAGGACGCAGCUAAACAAGAAGAAGAUACUUCUGGAGGUGACGAAGGUCGAGACGAUGACGAAGGAAAAGACCCUGGGGAUGAAAGAACUGAAACAGGUUCAGUUACACUCCAAGUAUUAAAAAGAAAAACCGUUCGAAAGGCGAAGAAAGCUUUGUGGGAUGAAGCGGAAGCGACGGGCAAUGAAGAAUUGAAAGCUCUCGAGGCUCAUAUGUCAUACAUGCAAAGGCAACGUGAUGUAGAACAUGAGUUGUAUGGCCACGAAGACGUUUCCAUUUUGUAUGCCUAUAUUGCAUAUCUUCCUAGUAAAGUGGCUUAUAAAGAAGUGAUAAAAUUUAGGCGAAGAUUAAGAUUUUUGGAAUUCUUUACUUGUACUGCUCAAAAAGCAUUAAACGAGGGUUACGCUGAUGUUGCGUUGUCGUGGUGUGAAGAAACUGAACAUUAUAUAAUGAAGAGGAAUGAACCCUUUGUCAAUGUCGACAGAGGGGCUUCAACUCAGCCUACUCAAUCUGCAGCUAAAGGCUGGAAUGCCGCCAUUACCGAAUAUAGUCAAACUAUAGUUUCACCUAAUAGUAAGACAACAACAUCAAAGGGCGGCGCCGGCCAUUUAAAAAAAAGAAAACCACGUUAUAAACCAAUAGGAAUUGAUCCCAAUUUAUCUGAAUCGCAAAAAGCUUUGAGGGAAGAACAACAAUUUAAAGCCUUUGAUACAUUUGCUAAUCAUUUACCGAACAUGUGGAGAACAAAUAUUAGACGUAAAAGGCUAAGAAAGAUAUGUACAGAUGAAAUGCCCUGGAGAUCCGAGAUGCACCAUGUUCAAGCUAAAUGCAUUAUAAGGAUACUGUUAAGAAAAUUAGAAACCAUAGAACAGAUACAACUAUCCACUACGGAUCUAGAUACUGAUUGGUAUGGUUUUGAAAAUCUCGGUGAAAUCUUAGUAAUUAAUGGCACAAAGAAAAAAUCAAAGACGAAAAGUAAUAAAGCAGUCGAACCUACUGGAAUUGAUUUGGCAGCUGCUGCGGCAAGUAGUGGAAAACUAUUGCAUAUGGACGAAUCGGGUGCCGCAACUAGUACAACACCAAGUCAUAAAAAAGAAAAAGUAUCAACAGAAUAUAUAGAAGAAAGUCUGAAAUCAGCUUAUAGCUAUUUCAGAAAGAGUAUAGUUCUCGCUCAUAGAGGAAGACACUGGAUCUUAUUACAAAACAUUUGUCGCUCACUGUGGAAUUAUUCUUCUGUUAUUCUCCAAUAUUCAACUCUAAGAUUUCCGAAUGUGAAAAAGCUUAUGAACAAAGCUUUCUUUAUGGCUGCGGACUGUCUUCUCGAUAUGUUUAUGUCCACAGAAGGACAAAAUGUCGAUAUUGACUUUUUGAGAAAGAUCACGCUAAGAUCUAUGGAACUUUUAAGUUUGGCUGAUAAAUGGGAGUGCUUAGUUCAUAUUGGUUUGAAAUUUUGCGCUCUGACUAACAAUAUCUUCGACGAUCAAGUCAAACCUUUGAUUGCAUGCGCUCAAAAUCAGCUUAUCAGUAGAAUACAAUCAUCUGGCGGUUAUCAGAAAAACUUUUCCAGAGUAACCACAACAGAUGAUAAGGAUUAUCUUAAUUUGGAAUUAAACGUAAAAUUGGGCGAUAGCAAAGAUCUGGCCGAGUUAAUUGGUCAAGCUUCAGAUGAACAGAACAGCAACAAUCCUCACUCUAAUUCCACAUGGGCAAAACGUCUAUGCCGUGUUCCAUUAGACAUUAGUAAAACUAUGGAAAGUCUUAAGCUAUCUUUGGAUCGUACAGAGCAUACAACAAGAGCUCUAAGGCACUCUAGGCGUUUAUUAAGCCUUUAUUUAGCAGGAAGAGUUUUACGCAUAGAUGACGACCAUAAACCCAAAUCUGCUGAUUCCAGAGUCGAUUUCGUUAAACAAACUUGCUUUCCCCCUGACGCUGUAGCCCCAAAUUUGGAAGAGAGAAAAUUUCAAACGAUGACUGACGUUCACUGUAAUCCCCUUCCAUCUUCUCAACUAGGUCUGGUUCGUGAAUCUUAUAGAAGAACUAUUGAGCUUCUAUUAGCAAGUAAGCAAAAACAUCUUGCAGCUCAGGCUUUACGAGAUUUGGGUAAUUUAGAAAUGCACUUAAAUAAUAAUAAAAGAGCCGCCAAAUAUUGGAAUGAGGCUCUAGGCAUAUUGACCGGUUACGAAAAUCUACCGAAAAUCUGGAGAAAAGAGUUGGCAAUGGAAGAUAUUUCAGACUUCUUAUUAAAAAAGUACGGAAUCUGGAUCUGUUUGUUAUCUGCUAAUUUAAUAUCAAAUAUUGCGCAAUUCAAUCCUCCAUCGAAGUUGAGAGAGCAAACUGAUUACUGCCUAUUGGCUUCAUUCUUUUUCAAGAGUGUCUUUAGGGCUUCCUUACCCCACCCAUUAGCCGAUCGUGAUUAUGCAACGUAUGAAAUUGGAAGCGAUAAGGAUGUGGAAAAUCUAAUACCUAGCGUUGAUAUACUGGCGGAUCGUUACAGGUUAGAUGGCCCUGCCCUUAUUAGCUCUCUAAAGUUCACCAUUGAUGUCCUUGUCGAAUCGAGAUAUUUGUUAACGACUUUACCAUUAUUGACUCUUCAUACUUAUUUAACUACCUAUAUUGCACCUGAGGCACGAUCAGCCAUUGCGGGCAGACUAACAAAGGUCAAAGUGCUCACGGAUCUCCAUAUGUUCUCUGAGGCUAUUCAACAUCUUCUUCGUAUUCUUUAUGGAGAAGAUGUUCCUGAUGUUAAUGGUAUACGAAUUUUCGAAAUAUCACCCCCAAAACGUCAAUUUUUAAACAACAAAUCAAUAACCGAUAACGACAAUUUAAAAUUGUUAGAUUCGAUUCUUGAUAAAAGAUUAGCGUCCAAUCAGGCAUCUGUAUAUGGAUCCUACUUAACUUGCCAAGUGAAUAUUGUACAAUCCCACCUCCUUAUCGAGAUAGCUUCAACUAUUCAGGGAAUGCCGGUGUUUGAGGAUGACAUGGUUCCUGGAACUAAUCUACAAAUUAAACCUAAAAGUUAUACAACCUUUGACCCAGCUAGUGGAAUAAGUCUCGUUCCCCAACAGACUGAACCCAUGUCAAGUUUAUCAAAAAAAUCUAAGGGAGGAAAAUUGAAAGAUGAAACUGAUAGAACAACCAAGAGAUUGACAGCUAGGGAAAAACCCCUCAAUAACAAUAUCAUUAAAGGGACCCUCUUAUCAAAGGCGGAUAAUAUACUUAGUACUGUCAGCGAAAUCAUACUAGAGAAAGCUGCAUUCGAACGCGGCCCAGCCUAUUUGUCUCCCGUCGAAUUGGAAUUGGCUGUAACUUGUAAACUGGAACUGGCAAGCAUUGCUAGACAACGUCACCAUUCUAUAUUUGCGUCUCAAUUAGCUUUCUACGCUGCUCAAUUAAUUAAGGAAAACAACGUGUUAGAAGUGGCUGAAGGGAGUAUAAAUAGGCGUCUAUGGCUUAAAGCAAGAUUGGAUUUAGUGAAAAGUAGAGCGGGAGAAGUGAAAGGUAUGGGAUUAGUCAAAGGUAGUCAUGUUCCUGUUGAGUGCAAGUUAGCAACAGCAAGAGAAUAUUGUGCUCAAGGGGUAGCUGAGGCUGAUACUUGGGGAGAGAAUCUCUAUCACGCCCAUUUCUUAUUACAGAGUGCCGUUCUUGAUAUAGUUGAAGGUAUUCGACCACAGAUUACCCUAGAAUCCCUAAAUGAAAUCAUCGAAUUAUGUGAUAAUAAUGUAUUCUCUUCCGAAUGGUCUCAAUUAAAGAUUAUGUCUCUUUGUCAUAGUAUAGAUAUACAAUUAGCACUUGGAGUGACAGACUAUGCAGCUGCUUUUCAAACCUAUUUGAAACUUCACUAUACUACUUUAAAUGUUCUAAAAUUAACUUUUGGACAAGAUAUAGAGCAUCGAAUGCCAAAAGGGAACGCCGAUGAAUUCUCAACGGUCCUCAAACCUAUAGCAAAUGUAUUUACACCAUUUCUUUCUCUACUUGUCAAUAUUAAGCAUAGGUUGGGGCAUUGCAUAGCCGAAAUAGAACCUGACAAAGCCUUGACUGUUUUACGAGAAGCUUCAGCCGUUCAUAAGUUCUGCACUACCUUUGAUCAAGUUGUUGAAGCCGAAAUAGUACUAUUAAUAGGCAAAACAGAAAAGAAACUAAAUGAUAGGGAAGCCGCCGCCAAUUCCCUUUUGCAAGCCAUCUCGUUAACUUACAAUCAUGAUCACGAUCUCUCUAGAAUGAGGGAAGCUUAUUCCGAAUUAACAUUAAUUUAUUUAUCAACUUGUGGUCUAAUAACAACAAAGGACGGGAAAAUAAACGGAUUAACUAAAGACGGCCUAGAUGUUUACUCCGUUGGUACAAAAAAACAAAUCCGCCUUCCUUCACAAAAAACAAAAAAGUCUAAAGAUCCACCUGAAGAUGAUAGAUUAGUUGCGUGGGUCAUAUUAAAAUGCACAUCCCUUAUUGGUCAAGCUCAAAGGCGACGAGCUCAAAUUGCCGGAGAGAAUCCUUUAUCGAUGGAAAUACCGCAAGCGGCCAGAUUGAAUAUGCCACAAUUCGCGUGUCUUGACUUGGUUUCAAACUAUGUUUUAGGUGAGAAAAAGAAGAUUUACAAAACGGAAAUUGAACGCGAAAUGGCUCCUUUGGUCGAAGCGGUAGAGCCUCCCCCCUCAGAAACCUACGACCAACAAUUAAAUAACGCCUGUAAAGCUACGGAAGGACUCAGCUGGGUGCACGUCAUUGGCUAUCAAUCGCUUUUAAACCGACUUUCUACAACCGAAAGUUUCUCGUGGUCCAAUCACGCUCAAAAUUCACCUGUUCGAACUGUCUUAUUCGCCGCCGAUUGGCGUGAAAGGUCCGCCAAAAUGCAUGAAUUCCUAAGGGAUAAUUUAGCUCACUAUUCAACUAAUUGUUUAGCGCCCGAAACACCAGAAGGAGAUUUUAUAACAAAGCCGAUUGCUUGGCCGGAAAAGUCGGAAAUUUUCUCUUAUACCUAUUCAUUUGACUCUAAGGUUAUUUUCCUCAAUGGAGUUCAAAGGAAGAAUUAUAAAGAUAUAGUUGCCGUACAAACUGACGAAGAUAUACUGAAAAAUCUUCACGCGAAAUUAGUCACUCUGAUACAAAAAGCCGAAUUAAUUCUAGUUGAACAAACAAAGAAGGAAACUCAAAAGAAGGAUAAGAGAUCUACAUCAAAAUUGAAAACCUUAACUGUUGACGAAAAGGAAAAAACGGAAACAACGGAACUAGAUGCAAUACUGCGAACUUGCGUGACUGAGAUUCGAACCUUAUUUGGUAAGGAAGAUACUCUUACAGAGUCGUCAGCUACUCCGAUUGAACCGGAAAUUCCAUUUGACGUUACCAAAAAGAAUAUUGACAUUAUAGAGAAUUAUUUUAAUAUGUCGUUCGGCUUUCUAUUGAAGGAAAAGCAAGUUUUGAAUUGGAUGUUGAAAGUUUUAUCUUAA